AUAUUGCAUAGGUACACAUCACUAGUCUAAUGAUCAGUAGUUGUUUUUUGUUAGGGAAACAUAUCCAUUUUAUAUUAAACUAGCUUCAAAUGUUGUGAUAAUAACACUAUUAAAUAGAUACAACGAUAUUAAAUUUAAAAGAUUGUUUUAAAAAAAGGCUAUAGAGUAAAAAUAUUUUCAAACAUAACUUGCUGACCUUCAAAAAUGACCUCUAACCUCAGUCAAUAGGAGUUAAAUGCGCAUGCGUUAAGUAUUCAUCCGUCAAAUUAUUGUAUUUGGCGCGCUGAUAACUACCUACCACCCGUUGAUCACGAUGAAAUUACUUAUUUUAGUCGGUCGACAGACAUCAUACAUUCCUGACGUUAUUAUUAGUUACCUUUGUAACAAUUUUAAUUGCAUCGAAAAUGUCUAAUGAACUUUUGAUCAGUGAUAAAAAAAUGGCACGACAAAAUGGUAUUGUGCAACCUCUGUUGACUGACCUCUAUCAAAUAACAAUGGCUUAUGCAUAUUGGAAAUCUGGAAAAGUGAAUGAUGUUGCAGUGUUUGAUUUAUUCUUCCGCGCGAACCCCUUUCAAGGAGAAUUUACAAUAUUUGCGGGCCUUGAGGAGUGCUUAAAAUUUUUGGAGAAUUUUAAUUAUUCUGAUAGUGACAUAGAGUACUUGAGGCAAGCAUUACCUGGUAACAUUGAACCUGAGUUUUUUGCUUAUUUGAAAGAUUUAACUUGCAAAGAUGUUAAAGUGAGUGCCAUUGAGGAGGGAUCUGUUGUGUUUCCAAGAGUGCCAUUACUGAGAGUAGAGGGUCCACUAAUCAUAGCACAGUUGUUGGAAACAACAUUAUUAACGUUAGUCAACUUUGCAAGCUUGAUGGCAACAAAUGCAGCACGGUAUCGCAUGGUGGCCGGGAAAAGUGUUUCUUUACUUGAAUUCGGCUUGCGGCGAGCCCAAGGACCUGACGGAGGGCUGUCAGCAUCAAAGUACGCUUAUAUCGGUGGAUUUGAUGGUACCAGCAAUGUAUUAGCCGGUAAAAUGUUCAAUAUCCCGGUGAGAGGCACACACGCACAUUCGUUUGUGACUUCGUUCAGUACUUUGGAAGACAUUAACUCAGUGAUACUGCGACACGCUGAAACGCAGAAGCCAUGCAAUCUGUUAGAGCUGGCGUCGGAGUGGCGCAAUCGCGUCUCCGCCAUUAUCGAUAUAUCCCCGGAGGAAGCGAGUGACGGUGAACUGGCCGCGCUCAUAUCAUAUGCCCUAGCCUUCCCUUCGGGAUUUUUGGCUCUAGUGGAUACAUACGAUGUCAAGAGGUAUAAUUUUCAAGGCUUACCGUCACAACACAGGCUGCGUAAUAUGAACGGGCAUACUGGCUACAAUAGCAACUGUGGAACCAAUGGUACUAGAACUCAAAUAACGUCGAAUAACCAUAGUACAUACGGAUAUAGCACGGUCGAACGCACACUGAGGAGUGGUCUGCUUAACUUCUGCGCUGUGGCGCUAGCCCUUAACGAUUGUGGAUACAGAGCUGUCGGCAUCAGGAUCGACAGCGGGGACUUGGCCUACCUCUCUGUGUUGGCCAGGGACACGUUCGAACAAGUCGGGAAAGCUUUCAACUUGCCCUGGUUCUUGAAACUCACUAUAGUCGCGUCUAACGAUAUAAACGAGGAGACCAUUCUCAGUUUGAACGAGCAAGGCCAUAAGAUCGAUUGCUUCGGUAUCGGCACACAUUUAGUGACGUGUCAGCGCCAACCAGCUCUCGGAUGCGUGUACAAGCUGGUCGAAAUAAACGGACAGCCGCGCAUCAAGCUCAGUCAAGAUGUUGGGAAAGUCACCAUCCCUGGACAUAAGGAGGCUUAUAGACUUUUCGGUGCGGACGGCCACGCUUUGAUCGAUUUAUUACAAAGAUCUUCGGAGCCAGCGCCGGUGGUGGGACAGAAGGUGCUUUGCAGGCAUCCCUUCCAGGAAUCUAAGAGAGCUUACGUUAUUCCCAGCAAAGUAGAACAUCUUUGCAAGGUUUAUUGGAAGGAUGGCCAUGUUACCACUCCGCCGAAGCCUUUGUCUGAGGUGAGAGAACGAGUACAAUCAUCGUUGAAAACACUACGUCAGGACAUUAAGAGAAACUUAAACCCAACGCCGUAUAAGGUGGCAGUCAGUGACGAUCUAUAUAACUUCAUUCACGAUCUAUGGCUACAGAACGCACCGAUUGGCGAAUUGUCAUGAAACUUGUAUCAGCACAUCAUUCCUCUGCCUAAUAGAGACACAGCAAAGCUGAGCUUUUUCCAUUGUCGUACCGUAAAAAUAACUACUUAAUUCUUGCGAAAAACAACGAUCUGUGGUAUAAAUUGUAGUGUUUUUAUCAAUUUUGGCACUGUUAGCUACUUAUUGCAUAGCUUAAGUUAUGCGUUGUACACAGAAGUAAGUCUAAAUUGCACCGUAAUCUAUAUCACACCAACUCGUGGGAAUAUUCCCAUGUAAUAUUUAUACUUAUGUAUCACGCUUUUUUGUUUUUGUCAAGGUCGAAAAUGUAAGAUCAAUUAAUUUAUGAAAUAACUUUCUGGUUCAAUAAUCAAGUUUUUAAUGCAAUAAUACCAGUAUUUAUGUACAGUGUACAUAAUAUAUAGAUAAUGUCUUGAUUUGAAAUCAAAAUAAACCAUUAAGUGGGAUGAAAUUCCAUUAAUUAAGUUGGCAUAUUUAUUUAAUUUAUUUUUAUAAACUAAGUCAAAAAUCAAAGCUAUAUAAAUUAGUCAUCAGUUUAUUAUUAGAGCUGCUUUAAAUUUUAUAAAUUGGGGAGUUUUUAAUAUUAUCGAAAUGGCUAAUAAAAUAAACCAAUAUGACUUUCUCUGCCUACAAUGUUUAUAAAAUAAUGUUGUUGCCAUUUAUAUUUUUAUUAUUUGGCAGUUAAUCUGGUUGUUUUAUAUCUUAUUUAAUUAUGUUACCCCAAUUACUACGAUUUGUUGUGGAGGAGGAACAAUCAAAUAGUUAUGUUUAUAUGAAAAGACAAAACACAUUAGAUGGAGCAAAACCUUUUUUCACUCAAAUAUUAUGUUUUAUCCAGAUGUGUGAAUUCUUUCACACCUUAUUUUAUUUCGGGAAAUAUAUACUAGAGGGUUAGUGCUAGUGCAUUUUUAAAUAAUAAGAUAGAUAUACCCAUAACUUAUUUAACAAAGACUAUUAAUUUACAAACAAGCAGCAUGAAUACAAUUUUAUUGUACUUUCUACUUGAUGUAUUAAGUUGUUAGCUGUGAAAUAUUACAUGUAUUUUAAUACAAUAUGCAGACAGUGUAAACAAACUGAGUUGUUUUAUAGAUGGAUACUCCUGGCCUCACAUACUUAAAACAGUUGUUAAGAAAAACGAAGGAGUGAUAUCGCCAUCCUUUACCUUUGCUAAUAGAUAUAAACAUCGAAGAAGAAAUAUUUUUGUUUCAACUGUCAGCAAUUUGAAUUGAAACUUAUGUUUCUAUAAAGUUAGCAUUAGCCAAAUGCUUGCCUAAACAUCUAAUAUAUUUUAUCUAUGUACAACUGUCUACAUAUAAAAAAUCUAUAUUGAUAAAUUUUACUUAGUCAUCAUAUAAAGAAAACAAAAAUAAACAUGGAACAAAGGUUUAUAUAUGCACAGUGUUAAAAACAGUUAAAAAAGUAUUUUAUGGUAAGUUUUAUAGUUGUAAAAUAUAUUUUACAUGAUAAAAAAAUCCAAGUACAUUUUAUUUAGUUAGUGUUUAUAGGGGUUGUAAUUGUAUUUAAUAUUUUGUUAAGAUAAUUCAUAGUUAAAUGCCUAAAUUGUGUUUUUUGGAAUACUAUAGGUUAAGGGGCACAAAAUAGCAGUUAUGUUUUUUUUAUGAAUACAGACUUUUGUACCUAUAUUGAAUAAGGAUAUGAUAUUCUAGCAAUGUUUUUAUUGUUCAUAAUGAUAAAAGAUUUUAAUACGAUCACCGUAACAAAAUUUUGCAAUAUUGUCGGUGCCUUGCAGGUAAUUGGUCUAUUUUCACAUCAGUGACGUGUUCGGGCCAUGCACUUGGUUUUAAUGAGUUUUAUCAUUAUUGAUAUACUUAGUUUAACCUUUUAAAAAGUUUCAUACUAAAAUUGAUAUUUUUAUAGCAACCGGUAUGUGCAAACAUUGUGAAUGAAAAAAGAAAUAGAACUUAUGUAUUUGACUUUUUUUAUCUAACGAAGUAUGGCGGGGCAGGUUAGAGAUGUGUAUGGAUAGACUACAAGAUAUAUUAUGUAAAUUUUCUAUAUUUGGAUAUCGUCCUUUUUAGAUGAUAAGUUGCAUGUAGCAAAUGGAUCAUUUACUUAUAUUGAGUACAUCUUUAUUCAGCAA